AUGUUGGCCUGCAAACAGCUGCUGUUUUUAUGGCCGCUUUUGCUGUUACUGUUAAGUAACAGCCUGGCUCAAAAGCGACGAAUUCUAAGACUGAUGACACCGUGGGCCAACAAAGCAACCGAUGAUGGCCAGAAAGCAUUUCAGUCCAUUGUUGAUAACGAAAUGCAACAUAUCAAUACUAUUUAUAAGAAACUUGGCGACUGGGCCAAUCAGCAAGGACCUGAUUUCGUGGUAUGUUUCGUUUUCAAAUAUUGUUAA